GUGUGGCACAUAGAGCAUAGCGGUGUCGAUAGUGCUAAAUCCACGUCUGGAUAGCGCGGUCCGGGUUCGCUCUGACGGUCCGGAGUCAGAGUUCAGAUACCUGUUAACCUCACUCUUGCGUGUGCUCUGUCAUCUGCAUCGCGGGAGGCUAGUCGAUUAACCAUAGAAGUGCGGCUUUUACUGAGCUAUUAAAUGAAAAUAGACGGCUUAAUUCAAGAAUACCAAAACGUUAACGACUCCACGUCUAAGCCGAAUAUAAAAUGAAUUUUAUUCUAUAGAUUUCCGUCUUAUAAUAACCAGACCCAGCAAUGAAUCAUUUAACAAUAACUGCUCACCGGCUCAAUCUAACUUCGUCAACGACCUAGUGGAGACUUGUUAGACCAAAUAUAUAGAAAGGCGAGCGGGAAAAGCGGGAUUUAAGCACAAUGGCCGACCACGAUCCUUUUGACGACGAGUUGGUGUCAGCGAAUACCACACAGAAGAACUGGAAGGGCAUUUUUAUUGCUCUAUUGGUCAUCGUAAUCGUUUUGUCCCUUAUAGUGACGUCAGUGGUUUUACUUACGCCACCAGACGAAGGGCCAAGGGUCAAAGGGACGAGGUUCGAGUUGGAAGACAUUUUGAGUCAUGAGUUUCAGCCAUUGAGGUUUAAUGGAACGUGGGUGUCAGAUGACGAACUGCUUUUUAAAGACCAAUGGGGUGGAAUAAGUAUCUUGCAUGCCUCCAACUUGUCAAUAAGAACCAUCAUGUCAAAUCAAACAUUUCUACGAUUAAAUCCUAAUCGAUACCAACUAUCAGCGGACCAAAGGUAUCUCCUGUUAGCUCAAAAUGUACAAAAGCUCUUCAGACAUUCCUAUCUUGCUCAGUAUAGUAUUUAUGACAUUCAUACAGGUAAUGAUUUUGCUCUUCGUCCUCUGCCAGAAAACGAUGAUCACCCAUUCCUUUUACGUGCUCAAUGGGCCCCUAAGGGGCACAGCCUCAUUAUGGUCCAGGAUUAUGAUAUUUAUUAUAGGAAAACACCCACUUCACAUACAGGUUAUAGGUUGACCACCACUGCUGUUCCUGGGGUGGUAAGCCAUGGGGUACCAGAUUGGUUGUAUGAGGAGGAAAUACUUGGCUCUAAUUCAGCUAUUUGGAUGUCCAGCGAUGGUUUGUUGGUAGCGUUUGCAACUUUUAAUGAUACUUUGGUAGAGGAGCUUAGAUUUCCCUGGUACGGGUCUAUAGGUGAAGGUCGACUUUAUCCCGACAUACGAUCGCUACGAUACCCGAAACCGGGAACACGGAAUCCGGUCGUCAGCCUUACGAUCGCGGAUUUGGCCGACAUCUCGAACGUUAAGAUGAAGAAAGUGAUACCGCCGACUGUGAUUGCGAAUUCAGAUUACUACUUUACUGCAGUGUCGUGGAUAAGCUUGACGGAAAUUUCCGUGGUGUGGCUCAACCGACCGCAAAAUUUGUCCGUGGUGACAAUAUGUUCCAGUCCCAAAUGGGAUUGCAAAGAGACACAAAGAAUAACGAGUGAUGGCCAAGGUUGGGUCGAUAUGGGUGAUAGUCCAGUCUUUGGUACAGAUAGUAGUAACUAUAUUACCAUAGCCCCAGUUAGGGAUGGGCCCUCGGGUACCUUCAGGCAUGCAGUAUCAGUAAACAUACCCAAAAAACGAACAAUCCCAUUAACCCAUGGAAAAUUCGAGGUGCAACGUAUACUAACGUGGGAUCAUUCAAAUGAUGUUAUAUUUUUUCUUGGUGUACCAGAAGAUAAACCAGGUGAGCUACACCUUUACAGAGUUACAUCAGUCCCACCUAGAACAGGAGCUACCCUACCACCUCCAGUAUGCAUAUCAUGUGUAAAAACACCACCACCAACUUCACCACCAUACAUUACGUUAGAUGAGAGUAUGUUUAAAGGAAAAAAAGGUAAUUGGGAAGACGAAGACGAGGAUACUGUGAUAACCACCCCCGCCCCACGCAAGCGAAAAAGACAAAAACAAAAAUCCUUAUCAGAACAAGAUUUGCCUUGUUUGUAUCAUAACGCCAUCUUCAGCCCAAACUCUCAGUAUUUCGUUCUGGAAUGCUUGGGUCCGGGAAUUCCCACAAGCAGCUUAUACAGAAACACCAUGCCAAAGCCAAUAUUACUCAUGUGGCUACAAAACAAUACGAAAUUAAGAGAGAAAGUUGUCAAAAUGGCCAUGCCACAAAUCAGAACUUUCCCGGUGCAGAUAUCGGGCGGGUACAAAGCGCACGUUAGGUUACAUUUACCUCCGGGGUUACGAGAAGACGAAAUAACGAGGUAUCCCAUGGUUGUGCAGGUGUACGGAGGCCCAGGGAGCCAAUUAGUUACUGAAAGGUGGAGGGUCGAUUGGAAUACUUAUCUGGCAGGUAACAAGGACUUCAUAAUUGCACAAAUUGACGGCAGAGGCACCGGAGGCCAAGGCCAUCAACUGCUUCAUAAAAUUUAUUACAAAUUGGGUUCUGUAGAAGUUGCUGAUCAACUUGAAGUUACUGAAUAUCUAAGAGACACUCAGCAUUUCAUCGAUCGACGUCGUGUAGCAGUCUGGGGAUGGAGCUAUGGAGGUUUCGUCGCUUCCUUAGCGCUAGCUUCGCCAAAAAGCGUCUUUCAGUGCGCCAUUGCGGUGGCACCAGUAACUAAUUGGAAGCUUUAUGACUCAGCAUACACGGAACGGUACAUGGGACUGCCGAACGUGACCGAGAAUUACAAGGGUUACGAGGAAGCUGACGUGAGCAAGAAAGCGGCUCAGCUCAAAGAUAAAAUGUUCUUUUUGGUACACGGCUCGGCCGAUGACAAUGUGCACUUGCAGCAGAGCAUGGUCCUUGUAAAAGCUUUGUCUGAUUCCGAUACGCUUUUUCGGCAACAGAUUUAUCCAGACGAAAAUCACGGACUAGGCGGAGUUAAAAAACACCUCUAUAGAAGCAUGGACCAGUUCCUAGACGACUGUUUCGUCAAGCAAGUGCCUCCUCAGUUCAAGGCGGGCCUACGCGACGACACCGACGAAGAACGUUAGAAAGGAUGAUGCGGGUUACUAAGAUACCUAAAAAGAACCUGAUGCUGGAAAAGUGAGACAUUUAGUGAGAUAAAUAUACCUCUGUUAAGUUUUCUAAUAUUAUCCUCUAUGAAUUUUGUUUAAAAUAUAUAUAAAAAUUAUAAUAAAUGACAUAUAACGUUAAUGAAAUAUUUUUGAAUUAUACUGUUUUGGUUUUCUCUACUAUUCUCUGCUUUAUUAUAUCGCAAAAUUGUUAUUUUUUGCGCUAAAGAUGCAAUAGUUUAUUUAUCUAUUUGCGAUUUAAAUUUACGCCUCAAUAAUAAAAAACUCGGCUACGUUAUAGUAAGCGAUUUUAUCGGUUUUGAGAAC